AGAUACUGAUCCUGAUCCUUUGGUUGAGUUCCAGUUGAACAACUUUCUGCAUAAAUCUCAAAUUUCAGAUUUCGACAUUCGAAAUCACUUGGUUAGAUGCUCUGCCUGUGGCAAACAGAUAAACCAUCAUGAAGUGGCCAAUUUUAGAAGACAUCGGCGCUUGGGAGUCAUCACAUGUUGUGAAUGCCAUGAGUUUUAUGGAAGUAGUGAAUUUUCUCAGGAUGAGUCUGGAGUCUAUAACUACUGCAGGUGGUGUGGACAAGGAGGCAAGCUGAUUGUUUGUGAUUUCUGCCCGAAUGGCUUUUGCAGCACAAUGCAUUCGGCGUAACUUUGGACGUGCCGAGGUUUCUAUUACAGAACAGGAAGGAUGGAAAUGUUACUGCUGUGACCCUGAACGCCUCAAGCCCAAGCAAAGAUAUUUCCGACUCCUCAAGCAAUUUGGGAAACGUACAAAGAGCAAGAAGGAGAAGAAAGUGUCUUCUAUUUUACCCAGUAAUGUUAAAGAUACAGAGUCUCCAGCUUGGAUGCAGCAUGCCUUUCAGCAAAUUGACACAACCUGUAUCUCCCUCCAAAAGAAGAUGAGCAAGCUAAAAGAAAUAGAAUCCACUAGGUCAAAGAGCUUGUACCAUGUUCUGAAAAAAAUGGACGAUAUAAUGAGCCAGCAUAAGAAAGAAUUGAAAUCUGUAAUGAAGGCAGUGACAGACCACUACUCCAAGUACCUAUCAAAACAGAAACAGAAAGCAGAAGGUACACAAAAUGGUUUUGACUCUUCCUCAGAUGUUGUUGAGAUCCCCAUUUCUAGGGGAGGCUCAGAAAAGGUCAAGAAAUCUGUUUCAGAAAAGAAGGAUCUCAAAACAGAACUCUCCUGCAGUUUGGAGGAAGUUAACCAAAAUGAACAUGAUGUGAGUGUUACAAUUGAUGACCCGGUGGUAAUUGAUGAUAAAGUAUCUGAUGACACUACGGUAUCUAAUAUCUUGACUAGUACUAUAGAAAAGGUCACCAGAAUGAUAGACAGUAAUAAUGAGCAGGCUAAAAGGAUGAUUUUCGAAAGCUCUUCUUCUGAGAAUGAGUCAGAACCAGUGAAAUCAGUGGGUGCAGCCCGCCCUGGACCAGCCAGUCGUCGGCGUCUGCAUUUCUCCCCUUCAGAAAAAAGCAUUUUUUCACCUGACAUUUCUGAUUCUGAGGGGGAGGGUGUAGUGUUCGGUCAACCGAAAUCCUCCAAAAACUCUGGUAAAAAUCUUUUUAAAAGCCGUGUGGUUCAGGAAUUGGACUAUGAUGAUCCAAAAUUAAUGAUGAAAACACAAGUGGUUUUGGAACGUUAUGAGGAGCUCGGUUCUUUUGCUUUGGACCACUCGGUUGUUCAAACAACUGGUUCUAAAGCAGAGUCUCUCGUAAAAUCAGAAGAAGAAAGAAAUUUGGAACGACUGGAGCGAGUGAUUGCUAACCUGGAGAAGUUUCCUGAAAUAAAGAAGAAGGAGAAGAAAGAUGACAUGCCAGGUGGAGCAGCAAAAAUCUCUAAGUGUAAACCAAAAGUGACAAAGAAAGAAAGUAAAGGAGAUUCUUCUAGCUCCAUCUGUUUGUCCUCUGAUGAAGCUGAGCUUGAGAAUCCUGAAAAAAAAAUUGUAAAUUCAAAGCCUGUGAAUCCCAAUUCUUUGGCACGUAGUGAGUUGAUGGAAUCUGAUGUCAGCAGUACUAGUUCUGAAUUGGAUGUUGAAACAGUGUCUAAAAAGAAGAAGGCGAAGAAAGAAAAUAAAUCGAAUUCAUCAAGUGAUGAUUUCAAACCUAGCAAGAAGAAAAAAAAGAAGUAUGACAAGCUAUUGUCAGCUCGUAUAAAAAUAUUGGAUGAUAGCGACGAAGCAAGAGAGAAGAUGAGUCGAGGGAAAAAAUCUGUCAAAAGGAAAGCUAUUCAAUCAGACAGUGAUGGUGAGACAGAGUCAAAGAAAAAAACACAUUCAAGCUCAGACCACACUACCACGACAGACUCUGAAGAAGAUCGUGAUAAGCGCAAACGAAAGAAAAAACUGAAGAGAAUUAAAAAAAUGGACUCCUCAUCUGGCAAUGAGGGAAGUGCUGGUGAAGGAAAGGAGGACACCCCUGGCAAAGGCCGUAAAAACAUCAAAAAGAUCAUUUCACAGAAAAAACUUACAGAAGAGACCCAGGAAGCCCAGCUGGCAGAGAAGGAGAGAAAGAAACGAAUAGCAGAAAAGCAGAAAUUGUACAAUAAAAUAGAGGACUUAGCAGAGGAUGGUAAAGAGAUCAUCACUCGUAAGCUGGUCUUGGAAGUGGAUCCUGUCUCAAAAGAAGAACUAGUGGAGAUCAGCCCAGAUCUCAUUGACAAAUUGAAGGUGCACCAAGUUAAUGGAGUAAAAUUCAUGUGGGAGAGUACUAUUGAAUCUCUAAAGGACCUGGAGGAAGGCAAGCCUGGAUCUGGAUGCAUCUUGGCUCACUGUAUGGGCUUAGGGAAGACCCUGCAAGUAAUAACUUUCCUACAUACCUGUAUGACCAACGACCGUGUCAGCAAAAAGAUCAAAACAGCCAUGGUGGUAUGUCCAUACAAUACCAUCCUGAACUGGGCCAACGAGUUUGAAAUGUGGCUGGAAAACACAGAGGGAAACAUUCAGGUGCAUCAGUUUGCUGCUGCAAAAGACAACUGGACAAGAUUGGACAUCUUAAAAUGGUGGAAGCGUGAAGGAGGUGUCCUUAUCAUCAGCUAUGACAUAAUGAGGCGACUUGUGGCUGGUCCUGUUACCAAGAAGGGCAAGUCCAAACAAAAGAAUCAAAAACAGUUUCACCAACUUCUCAUUGACCCUGGACCUGAUAUUGUGGUGUGUGAUGAAGGUCACAUCCUGAAGAAUGUAUCAUCUGCCAUAUCGAGGGCCAUGGCUCCAAUGAAAACCCAAAGGCGUAUUGUCUUGACAGGCACACCUCUGCAGAAUAACUUGCAAGAAUACCAUUGUAUGUUGUCCUUUGUUAAGCCUCACCUCCUGGGAACGGCUAAAGAAUUCCGGAACCGCUUUGUGCACCCCAUCCAAAAUGGCCAGUAUGAAAACUCCACUCAAUAUGAUGUAAAACUCAUGAAGAAGCGCACACAUAUUUUGCACAAACUCCUGGAUGGUUGUGUCCAGAGGUGUGAUUAUUCCUCAUUGACCAAGUUCCUCCCCCCAAAACAUGAAUUUGUUAUCAGUGUUAAGUUGUCAGAGGUACAGAUCAAGAUGUAUCGUCAUUACUUGGACCAUGUCUCAAAUGUGUCAAAUUCAAAUACCAAGGGUGCAACACUCUUCCAGGACCUGUCUUAUCUGCGAUGCAUAUGGACGCAUCCUCACAUCUGUCGUAGUAAUUUCCAACGAGCUGAGCACCGCCGAAUGUUGAAUGACUGGAAAGAUGAGGCUGAAGAAGAAGAUGAAUCUUUCAUCAAUGACAGUUCUGAAGAGGAAGUAAAGAGCACCUCCGAAUCAGGGUCUGAUGAAAAAGAGUCUAGUGGUGAUGAAGUUGUUAAAAAAUACAAGACAAGGAGUCGACGAGACAAAGAUGACGAAAUCGGUGAAGCUCCAGAGGAAGAAGUGGAGGAAGCAAAACAGUGGUUUGAUUCCUAUAUUACUCCUGAAGAUCGCUUCAAACUGAAUUUGAGUGGCAAAAUGAUCCUGCUCAUAGAGAUUCUAAAAGAGUGUGAAGUCAUUGGAGACAAAGUAAUUGUGUUUUCGACAUCUUUGCUAACGCUGGAUAUGAUUGAAGACAUCCUCAGUGGCGAUGAUGCAGCCGAAGAAAUGGACCAGGAGAACCUCUCAGGCUCUUGGAUCAAAGGGAGGGACUAUUUUCGUAUGGAUGGAUCCACCUCGGCAGACUUUCGAAAAUCAUACAUUGAUAUGUUCAACAAUCCAGAAAAUGAAAGGGCUCGUUUAUUCCUAAUCUCCACAAAGGCUGGAGGUUUAGGCACCAACCUGGUGGGUGCUAACCGUGUGAUCCUCCUGGAUGCAUCUUGGAACCCUUCAGACGACAUGCAAGCAAUCUUUCGUGUGUUCAGAUUUGGUCAGAAGAAGCCUGUCUAUAUUUACAGGUUGCUGGCACAGGGAACCAUGGAAGAGAAAAUUUAUGAUCGUCAGAUCACGAAACUUUCAUUGUCUUUUCGAGUGGUGGAUGAGCAGCAGAUUGAUCGUCAUUUCAGCGCCGCAGACCUGGCUGAGCUUUACAGUUUUAAUCCAGAGAUGACCUCUAACAGGCCCACACCCUUGGUACCCAAGGAUCGUCUUUUGGCGGAGUUACUGAUUAAGAAGAAAGAGUGGAUUGUGACUUAUCAUGAGCACGAUUCUCUGCUCCAGAAUGAGACUGAAGAGGAUCUCACUGAAGAGGAAAGGCAAGCUGCAUGGAAUGAAUAUGAGAAUGAGCGUGAGGGCAAAAUGGCUGACGAGGACAACUUCCUGUCAUCAUUGAACUGCAAGGAGCCCAAUGCAGAAGAGGCGGACUAUGUUGGGAACCUUUUGCCAAAUGUGCAGACCAUCUUCCAGGCCAUCAGUCAGCGUAUUAUACAACAGCAUUCAGCCCCCCUCGCAAAGCACACCCUUUUGAUGCUGGUGAUGCAAUCAUUGGAGGGAGUUAGGUCUGAACUGCAAACCAGGCAGGUCAGGUAUCUCAGGAUGAAGCAAGAAUUCUUUGCCAAGGGCUCUGUUCCCAAUUUUAUCAACAAGUAUUUGGAUGAGCUGACAAGCCUCAUGAAGAACUUGGGAACGUUUGUCUUAACGAUACGGCAGCAAAUCCAACAAGCUCAGAAGCCACCUCCUGUCCACAAUCCAAACCCUACUGCUCCUAAUGUGAGACAUUACAUGAAUUCGCAACAAGAACAUAUCCGAAUGGUAAAUCUGCAACGCCUACAGGCACAGUUAAGGGGCCAGAUGCGAGGUACCACAGCUCAUGGGCAGCCGAUGUACUUCGACCCCCGUUCUUUCCCCAUGUACAUGCGAAUGCGGAUGCCCCAAGUGAAUAUCCGGCCCCGCCCACCUGCACCCCAGUCCACCUCUGCAGAGCCUAUAGUGACAGAAGAGGAAGAAGUCAGAUCCGAAAAAGAUACACCUGCACCCACCAACCAAUCAAGUGUGACUAUUGAAGAAAUCACAUAG